AAGUAUAACAUAAAGGGGUCAGUGUUUGAAAUGUUUUGUUGCUGGUCCAGCUCCCGCGUACAUAUCUUAUCAGUUCGAGAGGCGUGUUUAGUGAGAGUUAGGUCUUAGUAUACUGUAGAAGCUGGACAGCAGCGGAUGUGUUUGAUUUCCUACUAUGCCAUUCAUUAUCUUUAUAGUAGUUUUUCUGCUGGCUUGCGCUGCCUAUGUCGGCUAUGUUAUUCACAAAAAGGAAAUUAAUCCAAAGGAAAUACGUUUGAAAAAUUUACAGGAUGCAAAGAAGUUGCUUACCCUGCCUUCAACUGCUAACCCUCAACGCUAUUUGGCGAAAAGGGCUUGACCGGCAAUACAUUCAAAUACCGCAUGCCCUUUUCGUGCCUUUCCCACCUGAAGAAUGAAAUGAGAAAUCU